AUGGCCAAGCAGCCCUACCUCCCCCCUACGCUCCCCCUCCUGCCUGUGCAGCGGCCCCACGUCCUGUACCCCUUCUUGCAGGUCCAUGUACCCCUCACAACCGAUGCCGUGAACUUAAUUCUUGCCACCAUCACGGAGCAGGCCGACCUCCACAAGACCGAUCCGCGCGAUCGAAUCGUCGCAGCCGUCCCCGUCGACGAUAAUGAUCGUCGCCUCGGCAGGUGGGCGUGCGCGGCUCGAAUCAAGCGAGUUUACCGGAACCGAGACAAGUUUGACGAGUAUCUGUGCGUUCUGGAAGGACUGACCCGUGUGCAUCUGUCCCCUGGCCUUCCGCCUUUGAUUGCCAUCACCCCGCAGAACAACCUCCAUGUCGCUAGCUACAGCCUUCCUGUCCCCUCGCCUGCCGCCACCGUUGACCUGAUGCCUGCCGCGAUCAAGCUCUUGCCUAAGGAGCUCCACGCUAAGCUCGCGGUCCUGCCUCCCACCGUCCAAGCGGACCUUCUUGCAAGCACACUGCGCUUCCCAUGGGACACGCGGGUGGAACUACUGGGACUUCCUGACGUCGAUGACCGUUGCGCCCGCGUCAAGGAAGUCAUGGUGUCACUCCUGGCUGAGAAGGGGGCUUCGCUGGAUGAGCCCGCGCCUACAAAAGACAGCAAGGGCCCAGUGGCCAACUCGUCUCGCCGACCAGCUCUCAACGUUCCAAAGUCCCAAAUGCCCGACGACCUCAAGCCUCUGGAGGCUGCGCUGACGCGUCGCCGCGAUGAGCUGUCUCCCGCUGCCGCAGAGACCCUCGUCCGCGAGCUCACCCGCCUUGCGAAGCUCCCCCCUCAAGCUGCCGAGUACGGCGUCAGCAAGACCUACUGUGAAUGGCUCCUCGCUUUGCCUUGGAACCGCGUCAGUGAGGGACGCCGCAUGGACCUCGAGGAGGCCCGUAAGCUUCUCGAUGCGGAUCACGAGGGUCUCAAGGACGUCAAGCGCCGCGUUGUCGAGUAUCUCGCAGUCUACCGCCUCAAGCGUGACCUCUGGGACGAGAAGCAGAAGGCCGACGAGGACGCUGCCAAAACGGCUGAUGACAAGUCCAAGAAGGAGGUCAAGGCGAUCAUGAGCAAGGAAGACGUGGAAAAGGCACGGGCACAGAUGGACAAGUCUGAUGACGUCGCUCUUCCCGCCAACACCAAGCGUGAGGAGUCACCUGAUGAUGCGGCCGUGAGCAAGAAGGAGGAGGAGCUUGCGCCUCUGAUUGACGACGGACCUCCUGACAAUGUCUUCCGUGACAAGGCGCCCAUUCUGCUCCUCGUGGGACCGCCCGGAGUCGGCAAGACCUCGAUCGCCCGCUCUAUCGCCAGCGCCCUUGGUCGUCGCUUCCACCGCGUUUCGCUUGGUGGAGUUCGCGACGAAGCCGAGAUUCGCGGCCACCGCAGGACCUAUGUCGGAGCGCUACCCGGAGUCUUUGUCCAGGCGCUUCGCAAGGUGGGCGUUUCGAAUCCGGUCAUUCUUCUCGACGAGAUUGACAAGGUCGGACAGUCCAACUACCAUGGCGACCCCUCCGCCGCGCUGCUCGAGACCCUCGACCCCGCCCAGAACUGGUCCUUCCAUGACCACUAUCUGGGUGACGUCACUGUGGACCUCAGCCAGGUCACCUUCAUCGCUACCGCAAACAGCCUCGACACAAUCUCUGGCCCUCUCCUCGACCGCUGCGAGGUCAUCGAGUGUCCCGGCUACGUCACUGACGAGAAGCUCGCGAUCGCUCGACGCUUCCUGCUUCCCAAGCAGACGAAGGAGAAUGGCCUCAGCCAGGGCGGUGUCACGACUGACGACAACGUACUCGCCCGUGUCGUCAACGACUACACUCGCGAGGCUGGUGUGCGCUCGCUCGAGCGCGAGAUUGCAAAGCUUUGCCGCGCCAAGGCCGUUGAGUACUCCUCCUCUCGCGACGGCGGUCCCACCUACAACCCGGUCAUCACUAUCGAUGACGUGCAGCGUAUCCUUGGAAUGGCGAAGUAUGACCACGAGGUGCGCGAGCAGGGCGGCCGCCCCGGUGUUGUCACCGGUCUCGCCUACAUGGGAUCGGGCAACGGAGGUAUCCUGCUCGUCGAGUGCACGCUCAUCCCCAAUGGGAAGGGCCAUCUGCGCCUGACGGGCCAACUCGGCGAUGUCAUCAAGGAGUCGGCCGAGCUCGCGAUGGCCUGGGUCAAGGCUCACGCCGCCCAGCUUGGUAUCCGCGACGACCCCCUUCGCAACAACGACAUUCAUCUCCAUCUCCCGGCGGGUGCGGUCAAGAAGGAUGGCCCCUCGGCUGGUGUAGCCAUCGUCCUCGCCUUUGUCUCGCUUCUCACGGGCCGCGUCGUGCCCCCAACCAUGGGCUUCACGGGCGAGAUCACCCUGCGUGGCGCCGUGACCGCCGUCGGAGGUAUCCGUGAGAAGGUGCUCGGUGCUCACCGCGCCGGAAUCACUCAGGUGUGCAUGCCGGGUCAGAACGAGAAGGAUGCCCGUGAGCUUCCGGAGAGCACCAAGGACAUGAAGAUUACCUUUUACCGCACUGUCGAGGAGGCGAUUGAGGAGGUCUGGGGCCGCGACUUCUGGGCCGAGCCGCCGCGCACGGCGCACCACGCCCGUCUCUAA